GCGACUGCGCUGGUCUGAGUGCUCAAGCGCGGUCGCCAAAAAAUAGGACAUGUUCUACUCUGCGCGUUGAAUGCCGCCGGCCGUGCUAGCCGCUAGAUUAUAGAGGGUGUGAUUUUCCUUAGGCAGCGCGCGGACGCGCAGCACAGUUUCGUCGGACUAUAUCUGCACCUUUUUGAGUGAGGCAACAUGGCCCAUGGCAGAUAAGGCUUAGUUUCCCGUGAGUUCAAUCAUAGAAGACAUGUUGAUGGUGCUUUUCGGUCUGCAACUGUUGUUGUGUGGAACGGAAGUUAUGGCUUCAUCUCUCGACAAUUAUUUGCAAGGGCUGCCGGGGCAACGAGAGCACGCACAAUUGAGGUCACACGCUCCCAUAGACUUAGGACCAUACAUGGGUGGACGGAUUGGCUCCCACGACACCAUUCGUACCAGGGGCCUCGGAAUCGGUAUGGAAGAAGAGCCAACGCGAAGCCCUUCCCUGCCCAGGCCAAAGCAGGGUCCCCUUCACAACAUGCUCUACCCGAGAGGAGGCCCAAGAAUACCUGGAAGCCGCCCAACACAUGUACGUCCCCCGAGGCACGAGAGAUGUGAGACGGACUUCGACUGCCUGCACUCGCCAAGUCAAAUAUGCGUUAAGCACGCGCGAGAACCAUACGGACGAUGUCAAUGUCCGUUCUACAGGCCAGUGGAGGUCAGCGUCGGCGGUAAACCACGCUGCGUUAAGGCCAAAGACAUCUACGAUGAGUGCCGUACAGACCAGGAGUGCCAGGCAACCCAGGAACAUUUGCAGUGCGUGAACCGAUUGUGUCAGUGUACAGCACCAUUUCUUCUGCAAGAAGAUAGCAGCUGUAUUGCACCCAAGGAUAUGCAGCGGACUCGUGGAAGCAUUAUUGUUAAAACGACCGCGGCAAUUCUAGCAACAAUACUGGUGUCUGGAACAGCAAUGCUUAUAACGAAAAAGUACAAGAAGAACACUACCAAUAACAUCGCUGCAACGGGCACCACCAGCAGCCCAAUAGGCCUUCCACUCUCGGGCAGUUCACAAACUGUUCACGCGCCCGCCAAACCACAGACGGCAAGUAAAGGUGUGCACAAGUUGAUUCGGACCCCUUUAUUUUCUACUAGCAAAAUCAGAAACUGGACACAUCGUACCCGAUCGUUGGUUGGUACCAUUAUCCCAACACCAGCAACUAGGACGGACGAAAGCCCCCCUACGCAGAAGAACGACCCGUUGAUUAUAUUGUGGGCACAAAAAGCAUUUCGUUCAAUGGCCUCUCCCCUGUACCAGACCAACCUCAUACAACGGUUCAAAAAAGGAAAUCCUGUUCAACCAUCCGCAAAGACCUCGACUGUAGAUGCUGAGCUUCACCGGACGUUGUCCAUUGAAAUGCCCGUGUCUGCCGAAUAUCCCUCAUUCGACGGUCCCGUUACAACCAGCAGCGAACUGCCUUUCAGUUCAAUGAUGUACGGUGAUUUGACCAUGUCCAAGAAACGCCCCCCACCGCCAGUCGCAUUGGGUCUUCCCUUCAGUAACAGGAGUGAAGAUGUGGCGUCGUUCAAGUCGUACAGGGAUUCCGCAGAAGGGAGUUUGGAAGACGAGAUGACUAUGAGACUAAAACAGACGCGCCGUCAGCUGAGCAGAACUUUUGUCAGCGACGACUUUUCUUGCGACGACGAGAACGUGAGAGGAAGGAAGAAGGUUACAUUUGAGCUGGACUGAAGUUCAUUGUUCCGAGCUGCAGCUGAUGUAGUGCAGGAACCAUGUUUACUUGAAAACAUACCUGUCUGUCAGCUGAGAGCUUAAUAUAGCCUACCUUUUAUCACGCUUUACAUAAACGAUUCAUUGAAAUUAC